UUCUUGUGGGUACAUAUACAGAUACCUAUCAACAUUGUAUCUCAGAGCUUCUUUAAAGAGAAGUUUAGCAAACAAGAAGUUAGCAGAAGGAGAAGAGGAAUUACAAGGUUCUGUCUUCUCAAUUGGGAAGUCAACAGAUUCUGCUGAGGCUUGAUUCAGUUUUUCUCUUUUGUCUUUCCCACGUUUUCUCUGGAAACCAAACAAGGGGGUUUGGUGGUGGUUAUCUGGAGCUGGAUCUUAAAUGAGAAGUUAGGGAUUUUGUAGAAAUCAUAUGGCAUGCCAGGUUAUGCACUCAUGGACAUUUAUUGGGUUAGUGGGUGCUUUUCUUGAUCUUGCUAUUGCAUAUCUACUGCUCUGUGCAUCAACUCUUGCGUUUUUUGCAUCAAAAUUUCUGGGUUUCUUUGGAUUAAGUUUACCAUGCCCUUGUAAUGGCUUGUUUGGUUCCCCCAAUAGCAAUUACUGCGUGCAGAGGUUUUUAGUUGAUUACCCAGUAGAGUCGGUCUCUUCGGUCCAACUGUCUGUGAAGAGCAAGUUCCCUUUCGAUUCUAUUUGGCCAAAAGACCGUGACUACCAAUUGAAUUUGAAGUUGGUUAGAGAUAGAGACAAAAACUGUGUAAAUGGUUUUUUGGAAAUGGAAGGCGAGCCGUCAUGUAGUUCGAUGUCGGGUGCCAAUGUGGGGAAGAGGGACUUGGUUCUGAGGAAUGAAUCUGCCAAGGGGAUUGAUGCAGGGAAUGAAUUAGUCCAUGUUAAAGAAGGAAGGUUUGAUAUUAAGGGGAAGGGGAUUGUAAAUCAGAGGCCAAGCAGCCGUCUUAGGAGGCGGCGGAAAAUUUGUGCAGAUUAUGCAAAAGUUUCUCCUGUAUUGAGUAUGGACCCUUCUAGUGGAGAUGCUGAGUCACAUUCAAGCAUUAAUCAGAUUGGUAACAAGGCCAUUGAAUGCAGAUCGCUGCCUGUUGAUUCUGGAGCUGGUGCUGAUCGCCUUAACAAUGAUGAUGAAGUUCUGAGUAUUACAAACGUUGAUGAGAAAGCAUCACAAGGUGUUGAGUUUAGCGAACCACUGUAUGAAUAUCAGCCAUAUGAGGGAAAUGAAUCAUCUUUUGAAGAGAUAAAGAGUAAUGUGCAAAUACAGCUGGGUUAUGAUGGUAAUGAGCAAAACACCAUAAGAAUAUUGAAGCAAGCGCUUGAGGAAGAGCAUGCAGGUCGUGCUGCUCUUUUCCUUGAGCUAGAGAAGGAGAGAAGUGCUGCUGCUUCCGCUGCAGAUGAGGCCAUGGCUAUGAUACUGCGUCUACAAGAGGAGAAGGCAUCCGUGGAAAUGGAGGCUCGGCAGUACCAGAGAAUAAUAGAAGAGAAAUCAGCUUAUGACGCUGAAGAAAUGAACAUCCUCAAAGAAAUCCUUGUGAGGAGGGAGUUGGAGAAGCAUUUUUUGGAAAAGGAAGUUGAAGCUUAUAGGCAGAUGUAUAAUAAAAAUGAGCAGUUACCGAAUGAUAUCCCAGAUUUUUUAAACAAACAGAGAGAUGGGCUUGCUUCUUCAUUUGAUAUGGGUGAAGAUCCAUUUCUGAUGCUUCAGCAGCUUAGUGAAUCCAUUGACAUGAAGGAAAUUGUAAAAAAUGAAACUUUAGUCAAUGAGGUCUCAUCUUUUGAGAAGGAAAAAUGUUCAUGGUAUGAAGAAGCUGAUAUUUCAAAGCAGGGAGACCUAGACAACAAGUUUUCACACAUGUCAGGUAGUUCACGAAAACACAAAUUUUCUGAAAAUACCCUUUACUUAGAAAGUGAAGACCAAGAGCAAAAUGAUAAUGCCAAUCUACAAGAAGAAACAGAAACAAAAACUAUUCAAAAUCAUAAUGUAAAUGUUGUAAGUAUUCCAAAUGAUGGUGAAAUUUUGAAGUGGCAUCGAAAUGAUGCAUUUCAGGGUAGCAGAAGUCCUGAAGACAUGAUACUUGAUAUGCAGGCUCAUGCUCAUGAUGUCCAUGUUAUAGAUGGAGGCAAAAAUAAUGAACCACUCUGGGAUAGCGAUGCUUCAAAUGUUCCCCGAAAAAGUGAUGCACAAUUAGAUGCUUCUGUCAUUGAGAGAAAAGAUGGUGUAACCGACUUUCCAAGCUCUAAUUUGUUGGACACCAAGCCAAAUUUCAACAGAAGCAGUAGUUCGAUCAUGACUGCGGGGCUGCCACCUUUGGGUGGCUCAUCGUGCAAAUUUACUACUUCUGAUCUGCGGAGAAGUUCCAUGUCAGCUGUUGAUAAUGAAAGGUUGAAAAUUGACACGGAAGUGGAGUGGCUCAGAGAAAAGUUGAGAAUUGUGCAAGAAGGAAGAGAGAAACUUAAUUUCUCUAUGGAGCCUGUUGAAAGGGAAAAGCUUCAACUGCAACUUCUUGAAGAUAUAACGCGCCAACUUAGAGAGAUUCGACAGCUAACAGAACCAAGAAAGGCUGUGCGCCAGACUUCUUUGCCACUACCAUUCUCCAAGGUUGUGUCAAAGAAGAAGCGCUGUCGAAGUGUGUCUAUAGGAGUUCACAAAAGCUCGUAAGGUACCCCGAGUUUGUUAGUCCUUCAGGAAUGGCUAUCUGAGGUUCCGUAUUGGUUGUCUUCCAAUAUUUUGAGUUCGAUCCAAGUCUGCUGGAUUGGUUGAACAGCAAUGUUCUCUUUCACAGAAGCCUCAUGAUCAAUUUUGUCAGAGGUGGGCAGUUUUGCUGGAUCAUUUUCUCCGGAGGCCAAAUUGCUGUGAAUCAGGUAGAUAGGAAACGUUUUUUCUCUUUGUUUUUGUGCAGUAAUCCGUUCUCGUCAAAUUAUGUAGUAGCUUUGUAGUCGUUCCACUCUGCAAAUAGACAUUUGUGGAUAACAUGUAUCUCUCUCUCUCUCUCUCUCUCUCUCUCUCUCUCUCUCUCUCUCUCUGCAUUCAAUUUGUUGUAUGGAGUAUAAAGUUGGUGAAUGAAGCCGGAGUGUUAUGACCAGAUUGCAAAAAAAGAUGAUUUUGCUACUGUGAAUGAUGACCAGCUUGCAUUUGUUCCUUGUCU